CUUAUCAAGUUUGAAACAAAGCAGACAGUAGAUAAGUAUCGGUGCGUCAAUAAUUCAUCAUAAUUUGCUAAAGGAUGCAAAACUCAAAUUUAAAUAUAUUCCAAAAGUCAUAGGUUAUAAUAUAUGCCUUUCGUGUUUGCCACGUUCCUAAUAAAAAUGGAAAAUCAGGCCGCAACAAUUGCACAUUCGAAAGACUGGGAGUCUUUCAAAGAAAUUAAAUUAUUAGGAAGUGGUAGCUUUGGAUUAGUAUUUAAAAUUGAAACUUGGGAAGGUUUUCGUGCUGUUAAAAUUUCAUUUCCGUCCGACUUUGACGCCAACGUCAAUGUGCAAGCCCAACGGGAAUACGACGUCAUAAAAAAGUUACCUCCACAUGAAAAUGUCGUCAGGAUUUACGACUUUGUUGCAGUGCCAUUAGGAAGUGAACAAAUUCAACGCCGAUUUUACAAACCAGACCUCUUGGAUUCUGAGACACACUACACAAUAGAAAAGUACAUCGCUCGUGCUCAAAACGAAGGAAAAAUUAUGACAACAUUCCUACAAAUGGAAUUAUGCGGGCCAUCAUUGCGCUCCUGGCUGGUUGAUGAAAGUCAAACUAAUUGUCCCCACGUUCAAACUGAAAUUAUACGCAACCUAAUCAAUGGUGUAAAAUUCCUUCAUAACAAUAGCGUUAUGCAUCGUGAUCUAAAGCCAUCCAAUAUUAUGUUUUCUCGUUUGCCCUCAACCGGAUGCGAGUACAGUUUCCCAGUUAAAAUUGGAGAUUUUGGUAACUCCAGAUGCUACAGCGAGAAAGACGAAGAUAGAACCAACUAUACUAUGACCAAGGGAACAUUAGCGUAUGCAGCUCCGGAAGUAAUGAGCGGAAAUUAUGGUUUCCAGGCAGAUUUAUACUCACUCGGGUUGAUUAUGUGGGAAGUUCUGCAGAGGAUCCCGCCGAGGGCGAAGGCCUCGUAUUUUGAUAGACUCGUUAAUGAUAGGGACACUGAACUCGUCCAGGAGCACCCAAUUAUAGAAAAUGCGGAAGAUUUGAUAAUUUCUUUAACCCAAAGACGGUUGGAUAGACGGACCAGCAGCAUUAAUGAUGUUGAAUUAAUUAUUAAUGCAGCCCACAAUAAAUAUAUUGCUUCUGUUCAUAAAGCUAGGAGCCCAUCAGACGAAUCACCGUGUUCUUCAAUGGAAUCAUGCUCAAGCGCGAAUUUGGGAAAGGAACCCGGAAAUUUUACGCAUUCGGAUAACGAUAAUCCUGGACAGCUAGACCCUAAGGAUGUUUCGGCAGAUGUGCUCCAAUUCUACCAACAGGAGGCACUACAAGCUAAGGAAAAGAAGAAGGACAUUUCGCUUGAACUGACAUCACCAGAACAAACCUCAACGUCGCAACUCGACACUUUACGAGCUUACAUUGAUCGUGCGGUACAAUUGGGACAUCCCGAUGAUCUUUUUAAGGACCUCAUUUCAUUGAUGGAAGCCAGGCUUGGGAACCUAAAUUCUGUCCUUCAAAGCCAAUCCUUCAAAGAUUCGCGAGACCAUAAAACCUUUAUCCACAAGUUUUGACAACCAAACUAGAAAACGAGUCGAUCCUACGUGUUAAUAGAAGCGCAAUAUAAGCGAAAGUUGGAUACGACAUCCAUUAAUUUGUUUCAGUUGUAAUUCUUUACAGAAGUAAAUAAACUAUUUUAAAACGAA